AAAACCCCCCCAUCCAACUUUUUAUACACUCUGACCCAAUACCACACACACAACAAGUUCGACUUUUAGGCCUCACCCUCACACACAACAGAUCACCCGCACCCACCCUCCAAUACGUAAAGAAAUAUGUUACCCAAACCUCACACCUCAUUAGAAGGAUCGCCACUAAACACCACGGCAUCAAGGAACAGGACCGCCUCCGACUCGUCCACAGUUUUCUACUCAACCGUAUCCUAUAUCAGCUACCCUACCUUAACCUUACACCCACCCAACUCGACUCCCUUGAUGCGCUCCUCAGGAAGACAUAUAGACAUGCUCUCCUACUCCCCCCUCACGCCCCAACGCACCGCCUGCUCGACCUCGGCAUACACAACACAAUACGCGAACACCUAGACGCCCACCACAUGUCCCAACUCACCCGCCUCGCAUCCUCACCCACAGGGCACUACAUUCUUAACACUAUAAACAUACUCCCCCCCACCAUCCCAAUCCCCCCACUCCCCAUUCCACCGCACAUACGUAACCGCAUUCGAGUCCACCCAAUCCCUCGCCACAUGCACCCAACUUUCCAUAAAGCCCGGCGACUAGCACGAGCCAACAUCCACGCCAAACUAUACCCACCAUCACCAUGCACACUAUACACUGAUGCCACACCCUACCCUCACAAACCUGCACACUGUGUAGCUGUUCUCGGCCAACAUCCACCACCAAACGUCACGGCGGCCACCAUCCUCACUACAAACACAACCACGGCGGAGGAAGCGGCCAUUGCCCUUGCGCUCGCCCAGAGCCCCACCCCCCAAUUCGUCCUAUCUGAUUCUCAGCAGGCCAUCCGCAAUUUUAUUCGCGGCAAUAUCUCCCCCAUGGCCUUCCAAAUUCUCACCAACAACCCUCCAUCCGACACCGUGACCCUGCUGUGGACACCAGCCCACACAGGCGUGGGCGCAAAUGAGAUGGUGCACGAUCGUGCUCGCGGACUUAUCGACCGAGCCGCCAUUUCAACUGCGCCUACACGCGAUGUCCCUGCAGGCAAGCCUACCUCCCUCCUGCAAUACAGGGAUAUUACCCUACACUACCGCCUCCUCCGCCGCCAAUACCCACCUCCGCACCCCCACCUCUCCCAAGAGGCAGCACACAUGCUGCGCCUCUUACAAACACACACUUUCCCCCACCGAACACAACUAAUACACACUCACCCACACCUCUUUACCAGCCCCGCCUGUCCUGCCUGCGGGGCAUUCGACACUCAUUACCAUUCCCUUUGCGAAUGCCCCGCAGACCCAUACCCCCCUCUUCCCUCCCCUCACCUCUGGGAGCAGAUGUUGCGCGACCCGGAGGAGUCAGCACUUCAUUUUGGUACUUAG